AUGAUGGUGACGAAGAAUCAAUGGAUCGUCGUCGGGUUAUUGCUAUGCUUGAACAAUCAUGAUACCAUCGCCUUUUCGCUAUCAACAGCCACGAAGCAUCCAUCGAUUCAAUGUGUUGAACAACAACGAAAAACUGAGCUGAGUGCAACCUUAGAUUCCAAGCCAAUAGAAGAAGACGCCGCACAGAAAAAACCAAGGCGUGUACGGUAUGCGGGAAAGUAUCCUCGCAAUUUCAAGGACAAGUACAAGGAACAUGCGGGAGACGACGCUACGAUAUCCAAAGUGCUCGCCAAGGGCAUGACUCCUGCAGGAACGCAUGUACCAAUCAUGCUAAAGGAAUGUUUGCAACACAUGGGGCUACUAGGGAAAGAGAAGAAGGACGACGAACCACUGCUGGUAGUCGACUGCACAUUAGGAUAUGGGGGACAUUCAUCUCACAUACUAAGGGCUCUGAAACAACAACAACAACAGGUCCCAAAUAUGCAUAAUAGUGAACUGAUUGCCUUUGAUCAAGAUUCGUUGGAGAUUGCCAAGACGGAGGCUCGGUUACGAGAGGAAUUACUGUCUCCUGACGGCGAUGACGACGACUGUCACUCUGUUCAACUCACUGCCGUCAAUCAAAACUUUUGCACUCUGAAAUCUCACCUCGAGUCGACGGGUCAAGUGGGCAAGGUGACUUCGCUGUUGGCUGACUUGGGUCUCUCGUCCAUGCAGAUUGAUGAUAAUGAUCGAGGAUUCACCUACAAGCGAGAAGGACCACUGGAUAUGCGCAUGAACAACAAUGAGGGAGAAACAGCCUAUGAGCUACUUUGUCGACUGAAACCCAAGCAACUGAAACGCAUGUUGCAAGAGAAUUCGGAUGAGGUCUAUGCGACUGAAAUCGCCUUUGGAUUGUUACACAAUAAGAAGCAUACAAUUCCAGAAACAACCAUCGAACUAGCGACACGCGUACGCGAGAUUGUCGAACCACUCCUGUUGGAAGCUACCAAUAAACCAAAGAAGGUGGAAAAGAAACAACUCGACAGUACCGUCGCUCGUGUCAUGCAAGCACUGCGGAUUGAACUCAAUGGUGAAUUCCUUGUUUUGGAACAGCUCUUGCAAGACUUGCCCUCUGUCCUGGCACCGGGUGGGCGAGCCGUCUUUCUCACCUUUCACAGCGGAGAGGAUCGUCGCGUCAAGAAGGCUUUCAAAGCCGGGUUCAAGAGUGGCAUUUACAGCAGUUGGUCGCGACAUGUUGAUCGUCCGACGGCUGCCGAGAGAAGAAACAACCCCCGAAGCUCCUGUUGUAAACUGAGAUGGGCUAUUCGGUCGGAAGAUGUACAUGUAGUAGAAUAG